AUGGUCCACACGGCAACCUUCGAUGAGACUACCAACACUAUUAGCGAGCAACUGGACUCUUAUGCGACGUCCGCCAAACUUGUGCAAGAAUCUGAGCAGUUGCAAAUGAUUCUUCAAGCGAUCCUGGCGCUUAUAAAUUAUCUGAACGGCUCCUCGCCUGGUGAAAAGGUCGUCGGCGGGUUUUGCACCAGCCAGCUGGCUGAGGUAUGUUCGGCUCAGCUCUCCGAUGGCUCAUCUGUACUUCAAACAGUGACAGCUUUCAUACGAGAUCGAGCGCCAGAGCGCCGUACGCUUCAGAUGCAGCUGACCUCGUUGAACCUCUCAGUUCUACAGCCAAAGGUACCGAAACUCAGCAUACCUUUUCUCUCCAUCUACGAAGCGCUGUUGCGGUUGGACGAGGGCAACCAGCGGGUUCAAAUGGAGUUAGAGCAGCUUGACUUCGAGCAUCCGGUGUUGGCGGUUCGCCUCGGUGAAAUGCGCCGUCGAUUGGAGGAAAUGGCUGAGAAACUAAUUCGUGUCAAGGACCAAGUGCUGAUGAUGCUUUCGUACAUGGGCGAAGCACUACCUCGUACUGAAUCCGAGUUCCGUCCUGAAGUCUACUUGUCGAAACUGUGCGAUUUCCUCAUCUCGUUACGCCUUCAGAACGAGUUGGACGUCGAGGUGGAGAACUGA